AGUGUCUCUCUCCUUUCUCCUUUUCUGUGAUUGAUUUAGAGUUCUUUGAAGGAAGUUAGGGUUAGAGGUGAGAAAGAUUUUGAAUGUGCAACAGGGGUUUUUUUUUUUUUUAAAGGGAUCCUGACUUAUUCCUCCCUCCUACUUCGUGCAAAGCUUGAAAAAAUGUCCUCAGAAAGAACAAUAAGUAUAGUAGGGAGUGAGGUGAUGCCCCUAGACUAUGGGAGCAUGGACUCAGAAAGUAGUCCAUCUCCAUCUAGUUCGGAGAAGACGGUGGAGGGGGUGAGAGGAGAUGAGGUGGUAGAGGUUGGGGGGAAUGAGGUGGUAGGGGUUGGGGGGAAUGAGGUGGUAAGGGUUGGGGGAGAUAGCAUACCCAUCACUGUAGUAGAAGUAGAGGGUAGAGGAGAGAGAGAUUAUGAUGUGAAUGCAGAGAUAAUGGAGGUGAAGCAGUAUAGAUCUGAACUAAGGACCAGGGAUAGCCUAGGUCACUUAGUGAAAAAUUACGAGAUCUCUUCCCGAGUGUUAGUUAGGCCAGCCGGGAUAGAGGAGAGAGCGUGUUCUGCUCCUCGGGAUCAUUGGAUGCCCAUAUAUUCCCACUAUCUGAUAGCGGGGUUGAAGUUUCCAAUUCCCGAGUUGCUAGUAGGCUUGCUGCUAGAUUAUAAUAUAGGAUUGACACAAUUAGUCCCCAAUGCUAUGAGGGGGGGUAGUAGGAGGGAUAAGGGAUGGUAUUAUUUCACCCCAAGGGUAGCAAAUAGGGAGAGUAGGGCGUUGUUUACGGUGGGUCCUUCGUCUAUUAAAGGAUGGAAGGAGAAAUUCUUUUUUGUAGAUGAUAUAGAGUGGGAAAGGGGGGAUGCUGAGGUGAGGGAAUUAGCAUCCUGGAAGGCUAAAAGAGCCAACCAGAAUAGCACUUUAAGUGAAGUUGAAAUGGAUCAGUUUUUGAACACUGCUGGAGGAGUGGCUAUCCCCAAGAAGCCAAGGAAGAAGUCAAAGACUUCAACCGAGCAAGUGGAUGAGGGGAGGGCUAGGAAAGAGGUAGUGCCCGUGACUUCAGCUAAAGUGGAGGAGGAGGUGCCACAGUUGAAGAGGAAGGGUUGGGAGGAGAGGAGGGCAUUGCAUAAGAAGAAGAAGGUGGUGGAGGAGGAGGAGAGGGGGGAUGAGGGAGUUGAAGUACAAGCUCCCGGUAAGGGAAAGGGCCUUGUUCCCACGGUGGUGUCUCAGAGCAGCCUGUUCGAGGCGAAGAACAUGACGGGGGCUAGGUGGUUCAUCAACACCACCUUCCCCGAAGUGGACAAACGCAACGUGCGGGAUGAGGCUCUGAGGUACUGUGGGGCUUCAAUGGUGAAGCACGUUUUAGAGGAGUUCAUGAAUAGCGUGAAGGAGCGCUCGCUCUUGCAGAGGCAGUGUGACCAGCUGCAGAAGGAGAAGGAGGAGUUGGAGAAGAAGAAUAAAGAACUGCAAGAGUCGCUGAACAAGGUGGUUCCGACUGUGAAACAGUUGGAACAGGAGAGGUCUUCCCUGAGCACCAAGCUCGUCUUUGAGGAGAGUAAACGAAGGAUCUCUGAAAGCGAGCGUGAGGCUCAGGCGAAGAAGGUGAAGGCAGAAUAUCCCGAAGUGGAUAUUACAAAGAUCACCUUAGGCGAGCAAGAAGAAGGAGUGGAGGAAGACGGUGAGAGCAUGUCAGCAGACUUCCGUCCUCAGAUCAAACUGAGGUGGGAGCAUGAUGCAAACGGACGUGCUGUUUUCCCUCCGCAGUUCGACUUCGAGUUCGUUGCAGUGGAGGAAGAAGGGGCAGAGGUAGAGGAAGACGAAGUGGAGGCAGGAGUGGAAGGAACUGAAAUGGAUGAGAGCCAACCAGUUCCAGAAGUGGAAAUACAUCUAGUUCCUUCUGACGAUGAGCAGCCUCCUCUGCCAGACGAGCAGCAGCCAACACAGCCACCUCUUUCAGCUGAGCAAGAGCCAGUGGAACCACCUCCCCCAUCAGAGAAAUAAUUUUGUUUUUGUGUAAAAACAUUUAAGUAUUUUGAAUGCAAAUUCAUGCUUGUUGUUAUGUGUGUUUGUUUGUGUUUACUUUAUAUUUUUGUUAUUAUUAUUUUUUAUUAAUAGAAGAACUAAAAUUAU